AAGUCUGCAGGCAGGGGCCGCGGGGCUCUGCGGCAGUCCCAGCCCUCCCCGCUCGCCGGGCACGGUAGGUGCUGGGGGGGCGUCGGGGCCGGCCAAGGCCUGGGGAGCCGCCCGCCCCGGGAGCCCCGCUGCAGAGCAGGGAGCAGGCAGCCCAGCUGCAGCAUCGCCUGGGAUCCCGUCAUCCCCUGCCAGCCGCAGGGCAACCAAGCAAGAGGCAGCCCUGCUGCUUUCCAGUGUGAGCUGCUGCUGCUUCAAGGCUUCCCAAAUUCAGCUCACUCCCGGCCCUGGGGCUGGUCCUGUGCACCCAGCUGGGACGCACGGGCACAGUGCGCUGGCACACUCGGUCCAGGCCGGCUCCCAGGGUGGGCCGGAGUGUGGGUGGUCAUGACGGGGGAGACGGUGCUGAGCCGCCGGCCCGGCGCGUCCCGCGUGAGCUACAAGGUGCUGAGCGAGGCGGACCUGGAGGAGGUGGUGCAGCGGAAGCCCACCGAGCCCUCGCUCCGCAGCCGUCUCCAGAAGAUAAGAUGCUCAGCCUCCACUGCCAAGUCCCUGCUCUUCCGGUUCCUGCCCUUCCUGCACUGGCUGCCCCGCUACCCAGUCAAGGAUUGGCUCCUGGGGGACAUCAUCUCGGGAUUCAGUGUGGGCAUCAUGCACCUGCCCCAGGGGCUUGCCUACGCGCUGCUGGCUGGGCUCCCGCCUGUCACAGGCCUCUACUCCUCCUUCUACCCCGUCUUCCUCUACUUCUUCUUUGGGACGUCCAGACACAACUCUGUGGGCCCCUUUGCCAUCAUCUCCGUCAUGAUUGGGAGCAUGACGGACUCUCUGGUGCCCAGUGACGAUUUCCUGGAGCCCGUCAACGGCACCAACGUGACAGUGGUGAAUGAAGCACGGCGGGACGCUGCCAGGGUGGAGCUGGUGGCCACGGUCACCAUCCUGGUGGGCAUCUUCCAGGUGGCCCUGGGCCUCCUGCAGUUUGGCUUUGUGGUGACCUAUCUCUCGGACCCGCUGGUGCGUGGCUACACCACCGCCGCCUCUGUGCACGUCCUCAUCUCCCAGCUCAAGUACGUCUUCGGCGUCUCCCUGGGCGAACACUCAGGGCCGCUCUCGCUGUUCCUGACGCUCAUCGAAAUCUGCCAGAAGUUGCCGAAGACCAACGUGGGCACCCUGGUGACGGCCAUCAUUGCCAUGGUGGCUAUCUACAUCGUGAAGGAGCUCAACCACAAGUUCUCUGCUAAGCUGCCCAUGCCCAUCCCCAUCGAGCUCAUCACGAUCAUCAUCUCCACUGGUAUCUCCUACGGUGUCAACCUGAACUCCAAGUUUGGCAUCUCUGUGGUGGGAGACAUCCCCAGCGGGUUGAAGCCGCCCAUGGGCCCUAAUGUCAACUACUUUGGGCAGGUGGCGGGCAACGCGUUCGCCAUUGCUGUGGUGGGCUAUGCCAUCUGCAUCUCCUUGGGCAAGAUUUUUGCCCUGAAGCAUGGCUACAAAGUGGACAGCAACCAGGAGCUGAUAGCUCUGGGCUUCUCCAACUUUCUGGGCGGCUUUUUCCAGUGUUUCGCCAUCAGCUGCUCCAUGUCACGGAGCUUGGUGCAGGAGAGCACCGGAGGCAACAGCCAGUUGGCCGGUGUCAUUGCGUCCCUGGUCAUCUUAGUGACCAUCCUGAAGAUUGGGGAGCUCUUCCGGGACCUGCCCAAGGCCAUCCUAGCUGCUAUCAUCAUCGUUAACCUCAAGGGCAUGUUCAAGCAGUUCGCCGACUUCCGCACACUCUGGAAGUCCAACAGGGUGGACCUGAUGGUCUGGAUUGUGACAUUCGUGGCCACCCUCCUGCUGAACUUGGACCUGGGCCUGGGGGUCUCGGUGGCCUUUGCACUGCUCACCAUCAUCUUCCAGACCCAGCUGCCUCGGUACUCCAUCCUGGGGCAUAUUUCUGACACAGAUAUCUACAGGGAUGUGGCUGAAUACAAGAAGGCUCAAGAGGUCCCUGGUGUGAAGAUUUUCCGCUCCUCCUCCACCAUCUAUUUUGCCAAUGCGGAGCUGUACACCGAUGCCCUGAAGAAGAAGAGUGGCAUCAACGUGGACCGGCUGAUUGAGAAGAAGAAGAAGGCCCUCAAGAAGCUGAAGAAACAGCAGAAGCAAGCUGAGAAGAAGGCAAAGAGGCAAAAGGACACGGAGAAUGAGUGCAAUGGGCCAGGCAUCACAGUGAUCGAGCUGAGCCAAGGGGCAGCGGAGGGCAGCGUGCCUGCCGAGCCCACCCUGCGCUCCCUGGGGCUCCCUGUGCCCGACUUCCACACCGUCAUCCUGGACUUCAGCCCCGUCAACUUUGUGGACACCGUCUCCAUAAAGAUCCUGAAGAAUAUCUUCAGGGAUUUCCGUGAGAUAGAAGUGGAUGUUCUCAUUGCUGGCUGCCCGGCAUCCGUCAUCGCCCAGCUGGAGAGAGGCAACUUAUUCAGCCAGACCAUCACCAAGCACCACUUCUUCGCCUCGGUGCAUGACGCCGUAGUCCAUGUCACCGGGCGGCAGGAAGAGGCCCUGGUGUGCUCCAGCACCAAAAUGUAGCCGCGCGAGAGGAGGACGUCGGAGCCCUGCCACUGAGGGAGGUUUCCAGAGGAUGCUCCAAGGCUGGUGACGCGGGACCUCCUGCCGUGGGCCUCCUCUGAAGACACGAGCUCUCCUGCUGUUGAGCACCGCUCAGGCACCCAGAGACCUCCUGCCCUUGGCCAGCCCCAUCAGACGCCCAGCAAAACUGGCCAGCUACCUCAGACAUGAGCCCGCCACCAGGCUGGGACGCCCUCCCGGUGUGGGGCAGCCCUGGGCCUGAGCCAUCACGGGGAGAUGGUGCCAGUUUUUGGAUCCUUGAGGAGGAGGAGGAGGAAGGCCCCUCACCGUACAUGCCCCCGCCUGGCAGGUUGCCUGGGCUGGUGCGGGACAUUUGCCCUCUGCAUUGGUUGUCAGCGUGCUAAAAUACCGUAGCGUUUCUGAGCGUUAAUUUUAAAGCACCAUGUGACCGAUGAAUAUUUCUCAAUAAACGUGUCCUCAGCCAA